CAAAGAGGUUUUGCAGGGGAGGCUGAAGGUCCGAGCAGGAAGGAGUAUUUGCAGGUAGAGGCGCCCUUCGGAAGCAGCUCUACAGGGGUGAGAGGGCACCGUCUGAACCCUGCAACACGUGAAUGCUGAUUCGAAAGGGCCCUCCCUGCUGGACGUUGCCUGAAGAGCAAGGGAGGCCAUGCUGGAGAAUGAGGGGAACGUGGUCUCUCUGGCCCUGCCACUUCCCAAGACGAGCCUCGUCCCCAGGGCAGAGCCAGAGGAAGAGCCCAGGCCUCCACAAUAUCAGAUCUCAGAUGGAUCGGGGGCUGCCAUUUCGGACACCAGCUUAGGAAACUCAAGGAGGAAACAUUUCUGCCCAGACUGUGGCCGAUGCUUUGACUUCAGAUUGGCUCUUGCUAGACACCAGAGAAUCCACACAGGGGAGAAGAUCCAGGAAAACUCUGAGCGUGGGGACUGUUUGGAUCAGAGUUUGGAGCUUGCAAACCAUCCAGGAACCCAUAAGUCAUCAGAGUUCGGGAAGGUUCUUGCCCAUCAGCCCAUCGUUCUGAUCCACCGGAACAUCCAUGCAGGAGGAGAUAUCUCAUAUCGCUGCUUGGAGUGUGGGGAAGGUUUUCCCCAACUCUCAGAUUUUGUGAAACAUGAAGGAGGCCAUAGAGGAGAGAAACCCCGUAAAUAUGGCGAGAGUAGGAACGGGUUCCCCAAGAGAUCACAGCUUCGUGAACACCGUAACGUCCACACAGGAGAGAAGCCCCACAAAUGCAGUGUGUGUGGGUUAUGCUUUUCUGUUAGGUCAACACUUGUUACCCAUCAGCGAACCCACACUGGAGAAAAACCCUAUGAAUGCCCGGAGUGUGGGAAAUCGUUUGCUCAAAGGUCAGGCCUUGUAAUCCAUCAGAGGCUUCACACAGGAGAGAAGCCCUAUGAAUGCUGGGAGUGUGGGAAAUGUUUUCCUCAAAACGCACAGCUCUGGAGCCAUCGUUUGGUUCACACAGGGGAGAAACGGUAUAAGUGCUUGGAAUGUGGAAGAAGGUUUACUCAGCGUUCCUCACUUGUAGUCCAUCAGAGAACCCACACAGGAGAACGGCCCCAUAAGUGCCAGGAGUGUGGAAAAUGUUUCCCCACAAAAGUAAAACUCAGGCGACACCAGAGAAUCCACACAGGAGAGAAGCCCUGUGAAUGUAGAGAGUGUGGGAAAUGUUUUUAUGAUAAAGCUGACCUUCUGAGGCAUCAGACUGUUCACACCGGAGAGAGGCCCCAUAAAUGUGUGGACUGUGGUAAAAGCUGUAUUUCACCAUCGGUACUUGUAAUCCACCGGAGAAUCCACACAGGAGAGAAACCGUAUGAAUGCGUGGAGUGUGGAAAAUGCUUUUCCCAGAAACAACACCUCAAGGCACAUGAAAAAAUUCACACUGGGGAGAAACCCUACAAAUGCAUGGAGUGUGGAAAAUGUUUUGCCCACAAAUCACACCUUCCUGUACACCAGAGAAUCCACACAGGAGAAAAUCCACAUAAAUGUUUAGACUGUGGAAUGUCAUUUACUAUAGCAAAAAACCUUAGGAGGCACCAGAGAAUCCACACAGGAGAGAAACCCCACAAAUGCUUGGAGUGUGGGAAAUCAUUUUCUGAGAAGUCACAGCUUGUGAUCCAUCAGAGAAUCCACACAGGAGUGAGGCCAUAUGAAUGUGGAGAGUGUGGGAAAUGUUUUUCUAAUCCGUCAGGUCUUAUUUCCCAUAGGAGUGUCCACACAGGAGAAAAGCCACAUAAAUGUUUAGACUGUGGAAUGUCAUUUACUAUAUCACAAAACCUUAGGAGGCACCAGAGAACCCACACAGGGGAGAAACCCCACAAAUGCUUGGAGUGUGGGACAUCAUUUUCUAUGAAGUCAUACCUUGUGAUCCAUCAGAGGAUCCACACAGGAGUGAGGCCAUAUGAGUGUGGAGAGUGUGGGAAAUGUUUUUCUACUUCAUCACAUCUUAUUUCUCAUAGGAGUGUCCACACAGGAGAAAAGCCACAUAAAUGUUUGGACUGUGGAAUGUCAUUUACUAUAGCGAGCAGCCUUAGGAGGCACCAGAGGAUCCACACAGGAGAGAAACCUUACAAGUGCUUGGAGUGUGAGAAAUCAUUUUCUAUGAAGUCAUACCUUGUGAUCCAUCAGAGGAUCCACACAGGAGUGAGGCCAUAUGAGUGUGGAGAGUGUGGGAAAUGUUUUUCUAAUUCAUCAGGUCUUACUAGUCAUAGGAGAGUCCACACAGGAGAAAAGCCACAUAAAUGUUUAGACUGUGGAAUGUCAUUUACUUUAGCACAAAGCCUUAGGGGGCACCAGAAGAUCCACACAGGAGAGAAACCUUACAAGUGCCUGGAGUGUGGGAAAUGCUUUUCUCAGUCAUCACAUCUUGGCAGUCACCAGAAAGUCCACACAGGAGGAGACCUUCAAAGUCUCCCUGUGGAAUAAAGAGCAUAUAAAGGUUGGGUGUGCGGGGAAUGUUUUGAUCAGCGAUCAGCCCUUGUGGAACACAAAAGUGUCCAUACAAAAAGGAGGACUUAAGAUAUCAGGAGUUUGGAAAAUGCUUUGUUAAGAAAGUAAUCUUUUAUCAACAUUGGCAAUUCCACCAAGGAAAUACAAUGCAAAUGUCUGGAGUGUGGGAAAUGAUUUGCUGCUCAUUCGGACCUUCAAAGGCACCAGAGAAUCCACAAAAAAGGGAAAGACCAUUAAUGUUUCGAGUGUGGGAAAUGUUUGGCCUGGAAGGGAAGCUGGUGCUGCAUCAGGGAGCCCAGACAGGAGAGAGGCCACGCAAAUGCUUUGAAUAUGUGUAUUGCCGGGUAAUUUCAGAAAGUGGUGUCUCCUGAUCUCGAUGUAAUGGUAGCUUUAGAUCCUUAUAUAUUUAUCUGUACGUAUAAUGAGGGCUUCCCCAUGAAUCUUAUCUGUGUAAUGAGAACUUGGCAUCAAAUUCUCAGCUGGCCUGAUAAGGAGUCAGCUAGUGGAUAGGCCUGUCUUCACCCAGCCAUGGAAUUGGCAAAAUAAAAAAAUUCCUUCAGUAGCACCUUAAAGACCAACUAAGUUUAUAUUUUGGUAUGAGCUUUCGUGUGCAUGCACACUUCUUCAGAUACCUUUUUUGGAAUUGGCAAUUACAGAUAGACUUUGGCUGACCGCUGUGACCAGAGAGAGUAACUGUGGAAACUGCGGAGAUAAGGGAGGAUGGGAACAGAACCUAAAGAAGCCACCUGCUAUUAGACCAUGUUUAAAAACCUAUUUAUAAGGGCUCAGUGACAGCAGCUCUCUAUGAGUCCCUUGUUCCAGUUUUUAUUAAAUCUAUAUAUAUACCAUGAGCAAAAUAUUCCCUUCGCUUCUCACCUCUGAAACAUAACAUUUUUUAUCACGGGGGGGGGGGGGGAGCCUCCCAAAAAUCCUUUGGAAUGUGAAAAAUCCUACUUCCUCCUUUUAAAAAUUUCAUUUAUUGAAAAUCAACAACAGCAACCAUCUUUAUUACAAUCCAUAGACCCAUCAAUUCGUUACAAAGCGAUACUCAAUAAGGACAUCGUGCUUUCAGGUUUCAGAAGCAUUUUCUUCAAACCUAGAGUUGGGAUCAUUGAUUCUUGCAACCACCAAUAGAAACUUCGCCACUGCUAAUGUUCUAGCAUUUGACUGGUCUUCCAAUAGGAACUUGAUGUAAUACUCCUCCGAUUUUCCUGGGAUCAGGGUGAAAGCUAUUCAGCCGUAGCUUGCUUGAACUUCACACAGUGCAGCAUAAUAUGUUUUAGAGUCUGUGUCUUGGGCACAUGAGCACAAUCUUUCCUGGUAGGGGACUCCUCUCAUCCUACCUUCCAGCACUGCAGAGGGGAAAACGUUUAAUCUGGCUUUUUGUGAAUAACCUUCGGUAGUUUGGUACAGUCAGGUUUUUAAUGUAAGCUGACUGCAGACUGCAUGUGAUCGAUGUCGCAGGUCACUCACUGUGUGUAUUAUCCCAAAGUCUUUGCUUUCAGGUCUUUAGGGCACCUUGGGUGGGUGACAGGCCAAUAGCAGUGGCUUUUCUAGCCAUGGUUUUCUGCCAAUUGCAAUCUCAUUUUCUGCAAGACUAGCUGGCCCGGCCACGCGUUGCUGUGGUUCUUUCCUGUGAUUUCCCCCCUCUGUCCGGGCACAUGACUUAUCCUGCCCCCUCCUCCCCCCCCCAGUUCAUCCCUGUGACUGCCCCCACCCUGUCCCGACCCAUGAGGUAUUGAGCCCCCUUCUCCCCCCUGCAGCACAUCCCUGUAACUGGCCCCACCCUGUCCUGACUCAUGAGCUAUGCAGGCAAGGUAUGUUGUGGCCAGAUUUGUUGCAAUUGGGUUCAGUGGUUACGUUAUGGAGAAAGGCUGUUUCAUCCGCUUGCGCAAUGCCUACAUUUUUAUUUAUACAGAUAAGUAAGAAAAACAAAACAAAAAAUUGAAGGGAAGAAGAAACUAAUGAGUAAGAUUACUAACAUACUAAGUACGCUGAAGUUCGAAUUUCAAAGCAUCAUAAAGUAAAUGUACAUUUUCCAUUUUGCUCCUGAUAUUCCUGUUAUAGAAAAUCAUAUGGGGGGGGGGAGCAGGACACCAUUAUUAAUGAACAGAGAGGGGUGACCGAAUCUAACAGCUGCAACUAUCCAGAAUCCUGUUCAAUGCCAUCUUCCCCCUCUCCGCUCCGCUUCAAAGACCCUCACCCCUCCCGCUUGGAUGCAACCCUGCCUUGUUGUUGUUGUUUAGUCGUUUAGUCGUGUCCGACUCUUCGUGACCCCAUGGACCAUAGCACGCCAGGCACUCCUGUCUUCCACUGCCUCCCGCAGUUUGGUCAAACUCAUGUUCGUAGCUUCGAGAACACUGUCCAACCAUCUUGUCCUCUGUCGUCCCCUUCUCCUAGUGCCCUCAAUCUUUCCCAACAUCAGGGUCUUUUCCAAGGAUUCUUCUCUUCUCAUGAGGUGGCCAAAGUAUUGGAGCCUCAGCUUCACGAUCUGUCCUUCCAGGGAGCACUCAGGGCUGAUUUCCUUAAGAAUGGAUAGGUUUGAUCUUCUAGCAGUCCAUGGGACUCUCAAGAGUCUCCUCCAGCACCAUAAUUCAAAAGCAUCAAUUCUUCGACGGAUCAGCCUUCUUUAUGGUCCAGCUCUCACUUCCAUACAUCACUAAUGGUUUAACCCUGCCUUAAGGAUGGCUUAAGGAUCAGCAUAUGCACACACUUCAACAUGACUAGCAACUUGGGAGCCAUAAUUCCCCAUCAAUGGUAUCUCAUUCACAAUGGAAGACUCCUCUGAACAAAAGACAGUGAUCAACUCUUAGAAAAUGUUAAUUUAUCUUUGUGUUUAGAUAUUCACACCUGGGAGGGGUGAUAGGAGGACUAGGAGAGGUGUCAAAAGUGCUCAGAUUUCUACCUUGAACCCUACUUUUUUGUGAGGUAUCGAUUACAUAGCUGUGAUGUAGGAAUGAUGUAUUGGGAUUUUUUCUUGGUGAUGGGAAAACUGAUAAAAGUGGAGGUUCUCUUUUGUUCUGGGUUCCUUCCUUGUUCUCCUGCCUGAGGGGAAGGACCCUGUUGCAACAGCAAAAAUAAAGGCUUUGCUUCUCAAACUUCUCUGGUUGGCCUCUGUUAUAUAUUCUCCGACCGAUGGAGAACCCAAUAAGGGCUCUUGUGUACCCCAUAAGGGAAUAAGGGCAGAUUUUUGCUUAUUAGAUUCCCCUCCUGCUCUCUUGCGAACUGAGGGGAUUGCAGAGAAAGCAGCGUUUGGCCAGCUGCAGCAGCAGCCAAAAUGCUCUUAUUUUAAUCCUCGCUCUUACUAAUGUGUUGGGUGAGCCUUAGACAGAAGGCAGGACACCACUGUAGCAGCCCAGCUGAAUUUUCCCUAUCUUGCCUUUUCUCCAAGGGGCUGUUAUAGAAUUUUAAAGGGCUUUCUUGCCUGUUUAAAAGGGUCCUACCCCGGUAGGGAGUCCGAACCUCCGAAGAGAUUGGGUGAAAUUAAUUACCCCUCUUCGAUAGUGCAAAACAGAGACCAACCCAAGGUAGUUGCCCGCGGUGUUCUCUCUGCACAGGGUGUUCUCUCUCGCACAGGAGAAGAGAAGGACCCCGAACAAAGAAUCUCCCUCCCCAUAUAUAGAACUUUGAAAAUUCCCUUCUUCCCAGUCCAGCCCACCCCCAGAAGCACCAUACAUACAUCAUCAAAGGGGUGUAGCCCAAGACCAACCCCCCCCCCCAUGUCACACAUCAAAGAAGAGGAGUGAGAAUCUGAGAGCCAAGUUUACUUGUUAAUGUUGGAUCACCAUGGGGAGCCUGGCCAGAGUCCUUUUGUAAUGAUGAUUACUGAGUUCCUGAGCAAGGUGACAAGCUCUCCUAUUCACACCUUAAAUGUGCCCUUAAGGCAGAAUCUGUGAGCAGAGGUUUUUUUCCCAUUUCCUCCCUCCUUUCAAAGAGAAAGGCCUUGUCAGCCUGGGAGUCAAAAUGGCUACAGGACUGCCCUCUUGCACAUGUUUGCUUGGUACAUCUAUGAACAUUUAAUACAUAUGUGUAAAAAGACCUUUAAAAACCUUUAAAUUCCCAUAACAGCGCUCAUGGCAGCCUCUGGUGCUCUCCGCUUUUAUAGCUACCAUCACAACAACCCUGUGAGCUGGGUCAGCUUGAGAGGCCACCAACAGCCACCUGAUCAGUACUUUUGGUUUAGAUGGGGGCAUGAGACUCUUAAGCUCAGGGUCAUGGGUUCGAGCCCCAUGUGUGGCAAAAGAGUCCUGUUUUGCCGGGGGUUGGACUGGAUGACCCUUGGGGUCCCUUCCAACUCUAGAAUCCAACCAUCAAAGAAGUGCAUAAAAAGCUCCAAGUCAGAAAAACACUGUCAGUGAAUUCAGCCUGAUGCAAUCUCACUUUAUGCAAUAUACCGGUAAGUAAGAAAAAGAAAAGAAAAAAUUAAAGGAAGGGAAUAAAAAACUACAGUGGUACCUCGGUUUAUGAACACAAUUGGUUCCGGAAGUCUGUUCUUAAACUGAAGCGUUCAUAAACUGAAGCGAUUUUUCCCAUUGAAAGUAAUGAAAAGUGGAUUAAUCCGUUACAGACGGGUCCGCGGAGUACUCAACCUGUAGAGUACUUAACCCGAAGCAUGGGUGUAAUUGGUUCCGGAUGUCUGUUCAUAAACGGAAGCGUUCAUAAACUGAAGUGAACUUUCCCAUUGAAAGUAAUGGAAAGUGAAUUAAUCUGUUCCAGAUGGGUCCGCGGCGUUCAUAAACCGAAAAUUCGUAAACCGAGGUGUUCAUAAACUGAGGUUCCACUGUAAUGAGUAAGACUACUAACAUACUAAGUACACUGAAGUUCAAAUUUCAAAUCAUCAUAAAGUAAAUGUACAUUUUCCAUUUUCCUCCUGGUAUUCAUUUUCCUGAUAUUUUUACCAUUCUGCUUUGAAGUUUGUUUUUCAAAUGGUCCAACGGCGGACAACAUUCAGUAAAUAAAUAAACGAGUAAUAUCUCCUUGGUUUUGAAAAGUGCCAAUUUCUCCUGGUAACAACCUCAAUGGGGGCUGAAGGCAGUUUUACACUGGAAGUGAGUGAGGUUGCCCAGCAUCUCCCUCUUUUGCCUCCUCCUCUCUUGCAAACUGAGAGGGGAUUGCAGAGAAAGCAGCGUUUGGCCAGCAGCAGCCAAAGUACUCUUAUUUUAAUCCCCACUAUUAAAAAUGUGUUGGGU